AUGCCACCAAAACGCAAGUCCGCCGAUUCACCUCUGUUGCUGGACGUGAAGUCACCCAAGACUAAAAAGGUCAAGCCUACUGCAUCUGCAGCCCAGGCGAACCUCGCCAAAUCAUCUCCGCCGAAUGUCUCUGCAGUCAUGACGCCUAUGUCUGUGAAGGCGCCGACAAGAGCCAGGAGGGGUGGUGGCAAAGCGCCUCGUUCCAGGGCACCAGGAUUCUAUCAAAGUGGAUCUGGCAACAACUCUGUUCCUCCCAUUCAGCACAACCUCAACAAGCUCUUUGACCAGUAUCGCGACAAUCCCAAAGACGCCCCAGACACAAUUGGCAUAGAGGGCGCUCAGAAAUAUCUGACCGAUCUGGGAGUGGAACUGGAUGAAUUGGCUCACCUGGGCAUCUGUGACCUGUUGCAGUGCCCGUCCAUCGGCGAGUUCGAGCGCGAGUCGUUCGUUUCCGGGUGGCGAAGUGUCAGCUUGGGUGACAAGACAUACGAUACGACAGCACGACAAGCACAGUAUGUCGAUGUGAUCAGAAAGAAACUAGCCAAUACCCCAGCCUAUUUCAGACAAGUCUACCGCAAUGCAUUCAAGCUCGCCAAACCCGAAGGGCAACGAAGUGUUCCUGUGGACUCGGCAAUCGACUUCUGGAACAUGUUCUUCCGACAAGGCAAAGGGGGAAUUGAGUGGAAUAGUCCUUCGACCCAAUGGUUGGACCUGUGGUGUGAGUUCUACGAGUCGCAAAGCAAGAGACCAGUCAACAAAGAUCUGUGGAAUAUGGUUGGUGAAUUGGUUAUGAAGACCAAAGAACCGGAUGGGGAGUCUCUGAGUUGGUGGACAGAAGAUGGUGCGUGGCCGAUGGCAAUCGACGACUUUGUCAACUUUAUAAGAGAGAAGAGGAAGGUCAGUGGGGAUAAUAUGGACACUAGCUGA